GUGGAAGAAAACAGACCUUACCUUUGAUUACUUUUAUAUAUCACUUAGAAAUAUUUUAUAUCUUUUUUUUUUUUAAUUAUAUUUUAUAUCUCUUUUGAAUUAUAUUUUAUAUCUCUUAAAUAAUACUACAAAGUUGUAUAUCAAAAUAGGAGGUAGUAUUAAAUAUUAAUUAUUAUUAUUGUUAAUUAUUAUUUUUAGCAAAACACGACUGGGAUUAGUAGAGCAAACAACUAAAAAAAAAAAAGAAAAAAAAAAAACCGUAGCGACGCUACCACAACAGUACAACACUACGCCCAUAAUCACCCACCCCACCCCCUUUUUUUUCCUGCGCGUUAAACCCCAACCUAUCAUCAUCUUCAUCAUCAUCAUUCAUCUCAUCCUUAAAAAAUAAAACCUAUCUCCUCCUUCCUUCCUUCCUUUCUCUCUCUUAAUUUUUUUUAAUAAAAAAUCAAAUAAAAAAAAAAAAUCUUAUUGCUUAUCCCAAUUUUAUUCCCCAUUUUUUUUCUCCCGCAGAUCUUUCAAAUUAAAUUAAAAAUCAAAUUUUAAGUUAAUUUUAAAUUAAAAAUUACCUUCCAUCUCUCUCCUCUUCUUCGUCUUCUAACUCCCUUACUCUUCUUCUCUUUGCUCUCUCUGAAUUUUUUUUCCAGAUCUAGGGUUUCGCUCUGAAACCCUAGAUUUUUCAAUUUUGAAUUUUUCCAUUUUUUCUUGCUUAUCAAUGGCGACUCCUUACAUGACUGCUGCUCAGGUGGGCAGCUACUUUGUUACGCAAUAUUACUCAAUGCUUCAGCAAAGGCCAGAGUUUGUGCACCAGCUUUACUCUGACGCAAGUACGAUGAUUCGUAUUGAUGGUCAUACUCGCGAGACUGCUACUGCAAUGCUGCAAAUCCAUGCACUUGUUAUGUCAAUGCGUUUUACAUCAAUUGAGAUUAAGACGGCUCAUUCCCUUGAAUCAUGGAAUGGAGGAGUAAUUGUGAUGGUCACAGGGUCUGUACAGAUAAGGGAUUUCAGCGGGAAAAAGAAAUUUGCUCAGACAUUUUUUUUGGCUCCCCAAGAGAAAGGAUUUUUUGUUCUCAAUGAUGUUUUUCACUUUAUUGAAGAAGAUCAAGUUCAUCCUUAUCCUGCACCGCUGAUGGGGCAAGCCAAUCUUAAUGUGAAGUUGAAUGCUUCUUCACCCAUACCUGAGGCAGUAUCAAACUACAUGAUUAGUGGAGGAAUGCAGGCCAGAGACUACAUGCCUCCUGCGGAUAUCAAAGAAAAUGGCGCAGUUGAUAAUUAUUCAAUGCCCAAACAGAGGCUUCAGCAAGCCCCUGAAGUCGAAAAUAUACUUGAUGUCAAUUCUAGGGAGCAGGCAAAUGGUUUUCUUGAGAGCCCAAUAAACCCCAUACAGGAAAUUCCACCAUCACACAUAGAGGAUUCUGCUGAGGAGCCUCAAAAGCAUACCUACGCUUCUGUGUUACGAGCUGCCAAAGUACAUUCAACUCUAUCUGUGGCACCUCCAUCUUCUUCUAACAAGGCUGUGACAUCUGCUUCAGAGUGGCAGCAAGCCCCACAGCAAACCCAGCAAUCUGCUGCCCAACAACCCCAGCAGCUGACGAAUUCAAUGCAAGUUGCAAGUGAGAAUUUUACAACAGAUAUGAGUGAGGAGGUCUCGGGUACAGAUGAUAGAGGUGAAAUAAAGUCAGUCUAUGUGAGAAAUUUGUUACCGAAUGUAUCUGCCUCUGAGUUAGAGGAAGAGUUUAAGAAAUUUGGCCAACUUACUGGUGAAGGUGUAGCCAUUAGGAGACUGAAGGACACUGAUGUUUGCUAUGCAUUUGUCGAAUUCGAAGAUAUUGAAUCUGUCCAAAGUGCAAUCAAGGCUGGCUCAGUUCAGGUUGCCGGACGACAAGUAUACAUAGAAGAGAGGAGAGCAAACAGCAGCUUUGCACGUGGAAGGAGAGGGAGAGGAAGAGCUACAUAUCAGCCUGAUUCUUCGAGGGGACGGUUUGGAGGUCGUAAUUAUAGCAGGGGUGGUGGUCAAGUUGGAGGAGAGCGCGAGUUCAACAGGCCACGAGGGAACGGCUAUUACAGGCAAACUAGCCGACAAGAUAAAGGGUAUUCCACGAACCAAGCUUCAUGAAACGGACAUACCAUAUCAGAGUGAACAUUGUAGGUUGAUGAUGAAGAAAUAGAGAAAUUUUAGCAUUACUUUCAGUUUAGUUUCCGAAAAUCAAACAUAAAUUAUACUUAAUAUUUUUGCAGUUCUUUUGGCAUUUGAAGAAAUGCAUUCUUUGGGGAGUAGCUUUCAAUAUCAAGGCUCUAUUAUUCAUUUUUAACAUCAUAAAUUAAUUAAAGAAAAUUAUUUGUUUUCAGUCAAA